AUGCUCGUCUCACUCCUCUUCCUCGCUCUUCUUGCAUUCAUAACCACCGUCUCUGCCGCGUUCGGCAUCACCACGUCCUCGGCGUCCUAUGUCAUCGACGCCGGCUCGGCAAACCCCCUCGUCGUGACCAUCAGCCGCGCCAGCUGCGACAUCACCAGCAUCAAGUACCGCGGCACCGAAGUGCAGUACCAGAGCACAGGAAGCCACAUCGGGAGCGGACUCGGCACCGCGACCGUGUCGGCGACAAUCAUCAACAGCCAGUACGCCAAAGUGACAUGCGUGACGUCCACGCUGACGCACUACUAUGUCGUCCAGUCGGGCGGCAGUACCGUGUGGAUGGCGACGUACAUCACCGCAGAACCCACUGUGGGCGAGCUGCGCUACAUUGCGCGUCUCAACAACGCCGUGUACCCAACCAGCUACCCGUUUGGCGACGCCUCCACGACCAAGGACGGCACCGCCAUCGAGGGCUCCGACAUCUUCAGCGUGUCCGGCCAGACGCGCUCCAAGUUCUACUCGUCGCAGCGCUUCAUCGACGAUGGCGUGCACUGCGUGGAGGGUAACGACGCCCAUGCGUGCUUCCUAACGCCGCAGUAUGAGAGCUCCUCUGGCGGCCCGUUCUUCAGGGACAUUGACGCGAACAACGGGGGCGCGUAUACCAGUCUGACGUUCUACAUGAACUCGGGACAUGUGCAGACGGAGAGCUAUCGCAUGGGCCUGCACGGCCCGUACGCGCUUACGUUUUCGCGGUCCGGGAUUCCCGCGGCGCUGAAGGUUUCGGACACGGCGUUCUUCGCGUCUCUGGGCAUCAAAGGCUAUGUGGCCGCGAGUGGGCGCGGGUUCGUAAAGGGGACGGUGAGUGGCGCCGGGACGGGCGAGAGGGUUGUGCAUUGGUAUAAUGCGAAUGCACAGUACUGGGUCAAGGCAGCGAGCUCAGGGGCAUUUACGAGUCCGGCAAUGAAGCCCGGAACGUAUACGCAGGUGCUGUAUCAGGUGGAGUUGAAGGUGGCCAGCACGUCAGUCAGUGUGUCUGCCGGUGCGACGGUGACGAAGGAUAUUGCCAGUACGGCUACGAGCAGGAAUACAAUCUGGACGAUCGGUGCGUGGGACGGGCAGCCGACCGGGUUCCGUAACGCGGCGAAUCAGUUACGGAUGCAUCCGAGUGACUCGCGGAUGAGCAGUUGGAGCCCAGGGACGUAUACUGUGGGCUCGUCGGCGCUCUCUGCAUUUCCGAUGGCAUUGUGGAAGAGCGUGAACAACGGCCAGAAGAUUGCGUUUACACUCACGUCGGCGCAGACCGGGGCGGCGACACUCAGGAUCGGGACGACGUUGAGCUUCGCUGGAGCUAGACCGCAGGCAAUCGUCAACUCGUGGACUGGGCCGGCACCGGCAGCACCCACGAAGAUUGACUCCCGAGGGGUGACACGGGGUGCCUACAGAGGGUACGGAGAGGUUUACGACGUUUCGAUUCCGAGUGGUACGCUUGUGGCGGGCAGCAACACAAUCACUAUCAACGUGGUCAGUGGGAGUGAUGGAGAUACGUACCUGAGUCCGAACAUUAUCUUUGAUGCGAUAGAGCUAUUCAAGUAA